AGAGAAAAAGAACAGAGCAGAAGUGGGAGUGUAACUUCAACAACACAACAAUAAAAAGAUCCAACUUUCGCGAUCUCUCUCUUUCACUUUUCUUUCUCUCGGCUUCUCUCUCUCUUCAAAACCCUAGCUCUGCAAUCUGGUUCAGAUGUCAACAACCACAUGAAAUUUCCUAGUCUCCUUCAGCUGAAUUUUUGAAGUUCCAGUGCUGAUCGUGAGAAAUCGGUGUUCGGAAUGGCUGCCGCGGAUGGAGCAUUGCUGUUUUCGGUGGCGUCAGUGGUGGAGGAUGUGCUCCAGCAGCAUGGGACUCGCUCCGCAGAUCUUGAUUUGGAGUCCAGGAAAGCAGAGGAGGCCGCAUCCCGAAGGUAUGAAGCGGCAGGGUGGCUGAGAAAGAUGGUUGGAGUUGUAUUAGGCAAAGAUUUGCCAGCAGAGCCUUCUGAAGAAGAGUUUAGGCUUGGUUUGAGAAGUGGGUCAAUCCUUUGCACAGUUCUCAAUAAGAUCCAACCUGGAGCUGUGUCGAAGGUGGUAGAAAGUCCAUGUGAUUCUGCUCUUAUCCCUGAUGGAGCGGCCUUGUCAGCAUAUCAGUAUUUUGAAAAUGUGAGGAACUUCCUUGUAGCUGUGCAGGAGAUGGGGCUUCCAACUUUUGAGGCAUCUGACCUCGAACAAGGCGGAAAAUCUGGAAGGGUUGUGAAUUGUGUUCUGGCGCUUAAAUCCUACAGCGAAUGGAAACAAACUGGGGGAAAUGGAAUUUGGAAAUUUGGUGGAAAUGUAAAACCUGCAGCAACUGGAAAAUCUUUUGUAAGGAAAAAUUCAGAGCCAUUCACAAAUUCCUUCUCUAGGAAUUUGUCAGCUAGUGAAAAUUCUCUUAACGCAAUAUCAAUGGACCUAGACACUAAUAAAAUGCCUAGUUCUGGUUCCUUGAGUAUGCUCGUUCGUUCAAUUCUAUUAGAUAAGAAACCUGAAGAAGUUCCCAUGUUGGUGGAAUCUGUCCUAACUAAGGUUGUGGAGGAGUUUGAGCAUCGCAUUGCAAGCCAAAAUGAGCUGAGGAAGACACCUUCAAAAUUUUUGGCUGUUUCCAACAGUAACAAGUCUCUUUUGAGAGCUGCUUCUAGUGAUACUAAGAUCGAAGACAAAAAUGUUGCACUCAUAAAGAAAGGGGAAUGCUUUCGUAAAUCCUUCGUCCCUGAUGAGGAGUCGAAAGGCCGGAUCCUGAAGCAACAAAUGAUAUUUGACCAACAACAAAGAGAUAUUCAAGAGAUGAAACAUGCCCUCCGAACCACAAAAGCUGGUAUGCAGUUUAUGCAAAUGAAGUUUCAUGAGGAGUUCCAUAAUCUUGGCACACAUAUUCAUGGCCUAGCUCAUGCGGCUUCUGGAUAUCACAGAGUUCUCGAGGAAAACAGAAAGCUAUACAAUCAAGUGCAAGACCUCAAGGGAAAUAUUCGGGUUUACUGUCGAGUGAGACCCUUCUUGUCUGGACAAUUGAACUAUCUAAGUACUGUGGAUCACAUGGAAGAAGGAAACAUUACUAUAAAUUCUUCAAAGCAUGGAAAAGGACGGAGAUCCUUUAGCUUCAAUAAAAUCUUUGGACCAACUGCAACCCAAGAGGAAGUCUUUUCAGACACCCAGCCACUCAUUCGAUCUGUUCUUGAUGGUUAUAAUGUUUGCAUAUUUGCGUAUGGCCAAACAGGAUCAGGGAAAACUUACACCAUGACUGGACCCAAAGAGCUUACACGGCAAACUCAAGGUGUAAAUUAUAGAGCAUUGAGUGACUUGUUUCUUCUCUCAGAACAAAGAAAGGACACCUUCCGCUAUGAUGUUUCUGUACAGAUGAUUGAGAUUUACAAUGAGCAAGUUAGGGAUCUCCUUGUUACUGAUGGCCUUAACAAAAGAUUAGAAAUCCGUAACAGUUCUCAGACAGGACUCAAUGUACCAGAUGCAAACCUUGUUCCAGUGUCAUCAACAGCUGACGUUAUUGAUCUGAUGAACCUUGGACAAAGGAACCGAGUUGUGGGUGCAACAGCCCUCAAUGACCGUAGUAGUCGCUCUCAUAGUUGCUUGACUGUUCAUGUUCAGGGAAGAGACUUGAUGUCAGGAACUAUUCUUCGUGGCUGUAUGCAUCUGGUUGAUCUGGCCGGCAGUGAGAGAGUAGACAAAUCUGAGGUCACUGGAGAUAGACUAAAGGAGGCACAGCAUAUUAACAGAUCUCUCUCUGCUCUAGGGGAUGUCAUCUCUUCCCUUGCCCAGAAGAAUCCACAUGUCCCUUACAGGAAUAGUAAACUCACACAACUUCUUCAAGACUCACUUGGGGGGCAAGCCAAGACACUAAUGUUUGUUCACAUUAGCCCUGAACCGGAUGCUGUUGGAGAAACAAUUAGCACACUUAAAUUUGCAGAGCGGGUUGCCACGGUAGAACUUGGUGCUGCUCGUGUAAACAAGGAUAGUGCAGAUGUGAAAGAGCUGAAAGAACAGAUUGCUAGUCUUAAGGCAGCUCUGGCAAGGAAAGAGGGAGAACCAGAGGACAUGCAACAUUCAUUUUCCAACAGCUCUGAAAGAUACAGAACAAAAGCCAGUGAUUUAUCACCUUUUCAUUCUAACAAGCAGGCUGGAGAUAUGUUAGAUGAUCAAAAUAGCUGCAGGCAACCAAUGGGGGAUGUAGGCAACAUUGAGGCACGCGGCAAUUCCAUGAUGAGGCAAAAGAAGCAAAGCUUUGAUCUUGAGGAGUUACUAGGGAACUCACCUCCUUGGCCUCCAGUCAGUAGUUCUGUGCAAAAUUAUGUGGAGGACGACAAAGACAUGGGCUCUGGUCAGUGGGUAGAUAAGGUUAUGGUGAAUAAGCAAGAUGCUGUACCUAGAGUUGGAAACCCUUUAGGAUGUUGGGAAACAGAGAAUAGGAACUUGCCUGAUGCUUUCUACCAAAAACUUAUUUCAGAUUCUUCAAAGCUAUUCCCGGAUCAAUCAUAUAACAUAUUCAUGGCAAACAAUCGUUAUGACAUUGCUAAUAAUGAUGAUUUGGAUGAGGAUGCUGCCACCAGUGAUUCUUCUGAUGCCGAUUUGCUUUGGCAAUUCAAUAAUGCAAAAAUAACUAGCAUGACUAAUGGGAUUGAGCCAAAGAUCAAGAAACCUAAUACAAAGCCAGCAAAUGGUCCAGAACUAAGGAAUUUGAAUUCUACUGUGGGCCCUUCACCAUCACGGAAACCAUCAAAUGGGGUUGGGACCCGACUGCACAGGAACGGAAGGCACCCAGUUCCCGCAGAUGGGAAGCGGAAAAUUGGGAAUAGAAAGUAGCACUGUGAUUACUCACAUUUGGGAGAGGUGUUUUCCAAUUCUUUUAUUCCUUUGAGAGAGGUUUUUUUUUACUUAAAUAUUUUGUGUUUUAUAUAUAGAUCUUUUUUUUUGGUGUUCUUUAUGGUAUAUAGUUCAAGGCAGCAAUAAUUCAAGUUGCUUGUAAUGUUAGUGGUGAGCUCACAGGUGUGUUCAACCUGUUUUGUUUCUAUUACAGAUACAUCUAUUUGAAGAAUCUAUACACUUCGUUGUUUUUCUUUU